GCCUUGUGGAAUCUUGAAUUGUGGUGAUCAAAUUUUCAGGUGCUGAAAUAUGGAGACGCAAACAGAAAAGGUAUUUAUUAUUUAUUAAUUCAUUUAAUGUAAUUGACAUACAAAAUAAUCCCAUCUGCUGGUGUUCUGCUCCACUAUUUCUCCUUUCCCUGGACUCUUGCGUUAUUUCCAAGUUGGCACCAGUGCUUGUGGUCAAUCAAUCAGCAAAGCUUUUUGCUAUAAGCCCCACCCUAGUAAUCCCUGGUUGAAUGAGAACUACCUACCCCAGAUUAGGGAAGGGGAACCAAGAACGACCUCCCAGGAACUACAGUGGGACCCAGUUCCUGUGGUGGGAAUGUGACAGAAAUUCCCAGUUACUGAAAAGUGAGAAUGGGCCUUAAAACUCAUCUGAUCAAAAUGUGGUGUGGGAACAAAUCUGCGGAAGAUCUGGGUUUGGGGGACUGGUUGUGCCUUUAGGAAUCUGCUGGACAGAAGAAUGUUACUCCGUGGAUGUGAUCGGAGCAGUACCUGUGUAUGUCAGUAGGAGUAAAGAUGGGCAGUAACAUAGCGUGCAGACCUGAGGAGUGGGAUGCAAGAUGCCUGGACUUCAUCUUACAAAACGAAGGAGGUUGUCCCUGAAAAUUCCCCCAAAUGCUACAUACUUUAGGAUUCACUUUAGCUGCACCUCAGACUAUUUGUAUGAAAUUAGCAGAUGAAAAGAGCGUGAGAUUAGUCUGAGUGAAGUUUCAGUGAUUUUGUUUUUCUUUUGUAAGUUCAGGGCCUUGUAACUCCUACAUCACUAUAAGUAACAUUUUUAAAUUCUCAUUAAAAAGCAGGCAAAGAGUAUUCUCUUACAAUUUAAUUACUGGUCCCCCAUAAGUGUUUUUUGAAACUCAAAAAUAGCAUUUUUUUUAAAAAACCUGCACACUUUUGGGGUGCUUAUCUCAUGAGGGGGACUAAGUGAGUAGCUCACGUACAUAUGCAUAUGCCUGGAUGCUCUACUCCCCUCACUUUUUACAUCAGAAAGUACUGUUCGCAAAGAGAACUUUGACAGUGAGAAAAGCAGCUUAUACUUAUUCAAAAGUUGAAUUUUCAAUACCGGGAAAAGAAGAGUUUCUGAACUGAGCGCUCUAGCUGUAAUAAUAAUAAAAUUGCAGAUCCUAAGAAAAUACUACAAAUGAUCAUAUCAUUGCUACCUGCGUUAUAGAAAAAACACUCUCAAAGGGAAUUAAAAAAAAAACAAAACAUUUCUGUACUCUGGAAGGUGUGUGUAAUUCACAUGUCGGAUUUAAUCAAAAUCAAAAUGGUGUUCUGAAAAUCUUUUUGGAAAUUCAAAACGAAAUCGAAUAACCCUUUAAUCUGCAAGCUCAGAUUCAUUGCUGUUCAUACCACAUGCUUGUGCUUAAACUGAGUUGUGAUUGCCAUUCAUUCCACAUGCAUGUGCUUAAACUGGGUUGUGAUUGCCGUUCAUACCACACGCAUGUGCUUAAACUGGGUUGUGAUUGCCGUUCAUACCACACGCAUGUGCUUAAACUGGGUUGUUGCAUAAGUAAAGUGACUCCCAGAGAUCAGCACCCUAUUUCAUUCAGAUCAGUUUUAGUGUUAGAAGUCUCUGCCCAAGAUUGCAUUCAUGCCAUGUCACGUUUGUGGCCGGCUUUCACACUGGUGGUCCAUUGGUGAUUAGCAGUUUUGCAGUGGAUCUGAUUGGCUUGUUCCAAAGAUCUGCCCCAUCUUGCCUGUUCUGUUGCCUCAGAAUGAGUGCUUUUGAGUGUCGGCAGCAGGUAUUGUAGUGGUCAAAGGCAUACGAUGGGGCUGGGGUUACUGGUUCAAGUCUCAGGAAAUUCCCCACUGUAGUACCUUUAAAGUAAUUAAUAUGAAUUACUCCAGUAAAACACCCACUGUAAAUUGCUAUGGUUAAAUUUAAUUUGCUGAUAUGAUACCCAGUCACACCGUAUUACUAUUGUAUUUUGACUUAAAUUUAAAGUGCCGGAUGUGUUUAUGCUGCGUUCCAUUUAUCUUGGAUGCCGAAAGUUGGAGCUGGGACUGAUGUCACACCCCGAGUUAACAGCGUUCCGGUACAACAAGUUGAAAAGCCAUUUAGCAAUACUAGGGACCUGUUUCAGAAAGCAGGAUUUCUUGCUCAGCCGGAAAACCUGUCAGAUUUAAGGUACCCCAGUUUAAAUGGCCUUUAUCUUCGUUCAGUUACGUUUAGCCUAGACUACUUUAAAUCCGGCAAGUUAUCAGGCUAAGCAAGAAAUCUUGCUUUAUGAAACAUGCCCAGUUCUAGACAGUUUCAUUGUUAGCCAUUGUUAACAAUACCAGUUGAUAACACAUUAUGUGGUGUUUUGCACAUACAAACACUGUAGCAACAUGUUCACAGAUAGAGGCAGGACAGUACUGUGUGUGCGACCGAUUUAAUGACACACAAAUAGGACAUAAAUGCUGAUAAUCAGCAAAUAAUUUCAGCAUUCACUUCUGUUGAUGAAGGGUGCAGCCUUGGGGUUGCAGAGGUUCCUCCGUCUUUCCAAUUCCUACGUUAGGGGGGUGUUCCAGUUGAAAUUUCAGACUAGGGAGUCGAAAUUCCCAAGUUACGAGUUUAAAUGGAACGCAGCAUUAGUUUAAUGUGGGAACAAAGCAGGGAAGCAAUGACUGCUGGAGAGACUUAAUUAAGCAGGAAGACUACAAGAGGGAGUCCUUUCUGUGGUUCUGUGAUUUCUUUUCAAAGUACCCUGUCCACUGCCACUACUAUACCGAAAUUGCAUAGGAAUAAAUCAGAGGAGCUCAACAACUUCUUUUGUCUCUCCUUUACAGGUAAUUCUUAUAGAAUUUCUGCCCAAAUAUCCUAUAUUCAGACCAGACUGAAGAUGCGGAUGGGAAAUGCCAGUGUAUGACUCUGCAUUCCUACACUUAGUGCCUUGUAGACAUGUUGGACUGACGGUCUGCGCUGCUGUGUCGUGACAACUCACCACAAACCCCCCACCCAACUGUAGAAUUACAACACCGUCACCUUGCUUUAGGGCAGAUUUUGCACAUAUACUUGCGUAAUGAGGCUCUUUUGUUGUUCCUGGACAACCCAUUUUUAAUUUAGAAAAAGAGCAGGUAAGGUAACUAUCUGAAGUGAACCUUAACGGUCCCAACGCCCGUGGUGUGCGUAGAGAGGAGAGAGCGUGCUACAGCUCAGAGUCUGAAAGAAGCAGUGGCGUUCUCAGAACACUUUGUAGAAGCCAGCUAGCAUUCCUGCGGCUGAAAACAGACACUAUACCUCCUGCUUUACCUUAGCGCCUGUUGUCAUUAUCAGAGUUAGGUGAUUGUUCUCUGAAAGAACCCUGCACAAGAUUCUUACGUAUUUGCCUUAUGAAAGAACGCAGUGAUGAGGUUCGGUUUAACCUUAAAGUUUAGGAGGGUAGCGAUCAGUAGUGAAGUUCCUGCAUUGUUCCGUUUUUCUUUCUUCCCACCUUCAGCUAAAAUAUAAUACCACUGACGCAUGAUUUUUUGCAUAGUAUAUCUGCGGCAACAUUUUCUCCUGCAUUUUUAAAAUGACCUUGUAAUACAGUAACGUUCACACUAGCCUAUAUAAAUACUGCUUUAGGUUAAAAAAUGUACAGUGUUAUGCCAUUGUUUACAAAAUGUAAUAUAGGUCUUCAUAUGUUGCCAAGAUAUCAAUGUACAGUAGAUCUAUGAAAGAUUUCUAAGUAACCUUUCUGCAUAAAUGAAGCUGUUUACCUAGUAAGCCAUAUUGUACGUAGAUAAUGCCAGAGUCCAUCCAGAGACCUUCACAGUAGUACGUGGAAGGACAGUUUCUAAAUGCCAUUUUACCGAAAUCGGUCCCCUCCUAACUACUGUGACCUGUGCUGACAGUACUGAUGUAAAUUAAAUGGUUUGCCAACCAAGGAAAAAAAUGUCAAACUUGGUUUUAUUAAUAUUGCUACUUUGAGAUACAUUUCACUCACUAUACAGCAUGACUGCUUGAUAUUGACCGGCCUGGUCUCACCCUCAGCCAGUGUUAAAGGGGAAAUUCCCCAAACUGUAAAGAUCUCCAUGAUCUUUUCAGCAAAGUGGCACUUAUCCCAUUGGUGUUCAAUAACAAGCCCGUGAUGUUUAUUUCCCUGCCGCUUGCAUCACAGCUAAAGUUCCAUUGAAAUUACAGUGUGUCUUUUAGUACGAGGGAGCUGGUGACUGGAAGGAAACGCUAAGAACCUGUCAGAUCGAAAUGGCCAGAAAAAUGACCAGGGAGGAAGGGAAAAAGAAAAAAAAAACACUUUUGGGCGGAAUUCCCCUUUAAUUUCCUCCACAGGUGAAAGUCAUAUGUACAGCUGAAGAAGACUUUGUUUUUUUUUAACCUCCUAAUUCAAAGGUGUAGUUCAGCUGUUCCUCCCCCUCACAGAUGUACCUGCAGGUGUAGUGAUUUAUUUUGUCACAGGGACCUCGCGGGGCACAGAGGUUACCCAUGACCUUUGGGCUGCUCGGAGAUGUCCUACAUUACGGGCGUCUCCAAAGGUCAGUGUGGAAGAGUAGCUGUGCUCAGUUAAUGUAGGUGAGCAGCGGUUAUGACUGUGAUUCACAAUCUCUGUAGUGUAUUUUCUGUAAUAGAGGACUUGUGCCCGUUUUCCAAUUCCUUACGAAAUUAAGGAGAACUGGAAUAAACUGUUUACUCCAAACCCUUAUGCAAUAUGUGUUUGUGGCAUUAUUUCAUUGUUCUCGUGAAAUUCGAAUAGAAAUGUGUCCUGAAAGUGAGCAUUAUGCAAAGGAAGAUCCACCUCGGACCACAGUGAUGGAUGGAUGGAUGGAUGGAUGCCACAAGUGUUCCUGGCUGCUUCAGAUGGGUGCUGUGAGGCUCAACAGAUGAGACCAAAAAACAGAGUGGGGAGAAUGUGGCCGGGUUUCUGGAUGCCAAUCAGGAGAGUUACCUUAGCAACACCAAUGAGAAGCAGGCUGCCGAGAAGGCAGCUAAGAGCGGUGAGGAUGAUGACAAUGACGAGAGUGACAGCGACGACGACGAUGAUGUCAAAGUCACCAUUGGCAACAUUAAAACUGGCGCGCCCUCCUACAUGGCACCACCUAUGAACCUGAGUCUCAAGUCAGGACGCAGCUAUGGAGUCACAGCUCCAGCAAAGCUGCAGUCCAAAGGCAUCGACAUGGAGGCAGUGGGCAGCAUCAACGGGCUGCCUGUGGUGGAGGUGGACAUUGACAUCUUUGAGGACAAACCAUGGAGGAAGCCAGGUGCCGACCUCUCAGAUUACUUCAACUACGGCUUCAACGAGGAGACGUGGAAGGCGUACUGCGAGAAACAGCGCCGGCUUCAGCUGGGCCUGGAGCCCGGGGCCCCCCUGAACUCUGAGAAUAAAAUCACAGUGCAGCAGGGAAGAUCCGCCGUUUUGGAGAAAGAGAUUGAAUCAGCUGCCAUCAAAUCGGAAUUCAAGAUGGACUUUCUCCCAUCAGCUAACAUCCUUCCUGCAGCCAACAGACUUAAAGCUGGACCCCCUCCAAACAGGAAGUUGGGCGGCACCAUCGAUGUGAUUGGCGGACAGACGGGAGCCAUCCGGCGGGUCGAGGGCCGAAGGAGAGAGAUUCACGAACACAAUCCCAUCCAGGUGCUGGGUGACCAUGCCGGUAAGACCCCACCCUUUGCCCCCCCGGCGGGGCUCCCUCCCCCCCCUAUAGGAGCGCCCCCUCCUCACUUCCUGCACCCGCCCCCACCGGUGUCUGGCAUGCCCCCACCGCUGCAUCCGCCUGGUAUCCCCCCGCCCGCCAUACCAGGCUUAUUCCCACCUCCUUUGGCUCCACCCCCUACUCUAAUGAUGCCCCCGAUGGAUGGGAGGUGCCCCACCACUGGGUACAACCCCAGAGCUCCUCCCCCCUUUGGGUACAACUCCGGAGAUUCCACCUUCAUCAGCUACCCUCCUGUCUCUGCCUCACACUCUCCAUGGGUCACGCCUAUGGAGAAGGGCGGCGGGGGCACAUCGCCCUGGGAGUACCAGGGUUCUCGACGGGACCCGGAGAGAGAGCGGGAGCGCGAGAGGGACCGAACUCCCACCACCAGCGAGUACAGCAACGAGGAUGAGCGUUACCACUACUACAGCCACGAGAGGGAAUAUGAGCGGGAGUUUCACCACGGCCGUGAGCGCAGCCGCGAGCGAGACGAGAGGCACAGGGACCGGCGCCAUCGUGACAAGGAGGAGAGCGGCAAACACAAGUCGUCCAAGCGCAAGCAGCACGACGGCGAGGAGGGUGACGGACAUCGCAGGCACAAACACAAAAAGAGCAAGCGCAGCAAGGAGGAGAAGGAGGCACCGGAGGAGGCUGUCAGCCACAGGGAGGAGCCGGAGGGCAAGGAGUAGUGGCUCCACCCUCUUCUCCCCGGGCACUCUGAACAUUCCCGCCAGCAGGAGGCCCGUCAAGCUUCCGGAAAGCUCUGCGAGGGGCACUUCUUCCAGACAUCCCAUUCUUUGUUUUCCGAGCGCCAACUGUGAUUCUGCAGUAAGCUAUGUCGUUAGUCAGCGUAUCACACAUUUCCUAUUUAAGACGUUUUUAAAAACCUCUAGGCUUUUAACGUUACUUUUAUAUGAGAGGGAAAAGUUUUUCUUUUUUGUUAUUUGUGCUGUUAAUAUAUGUAUCUGGUGCUCAUUUAGGUAAAUGUUAGUGUUGGGAUUAGCCAUGGAGGCGUAAUUAUCACCAGCAAGUAAGGCACCGCUGGAUGCACUCGCCUGGACACUUUCAGAACAUCUCAUGUUCACUUCGUGAAUGUUAACAGAAGGCAAUCUUCAGACAGACUUCCCUGGAAGGAGACGCAAGUGUAAAAUCAGAGGACUGCACUCGGCCCAAAACAUGCCCUUCAGCGUUAUUCGAUGUGAAAGUGUUAUAGUUUUUCCUCUGCAAAAUGGCAUGAUACCAAAUGUCUUUUUUUAUAUAUCUUCUCCUUUUUAAUGGCACACGACAAAAAUGUGAAUGUCAUGACUUAAGAAUUUAAAAAUAUAUAUGUAUGAAAAUAAAAAAAGACAAGUUUUAUUUUA